CCAACUGGCCACCUAUAACUCGCCCAUUAUCUCUCUCUCUCUUUCUGUGAACUCGUUCACAGCCCACCAUAGAAUUGUUCUCUUCUGAUUCAUAUCUUUCAUUCUCAGACCGACCUCUCGAUUUUUCUACUCUAUAUAUACACAAUAUAUAUAUAUACAUUCCCCUUUUCUCUCUUCCUUCUCUUCAAAGAAACGAAGCUCAGUAACUGUUUCCCGCUUUCCCCAUCUUCAGAAUCUCUAACUUUUCUCAACUGGGCCUUUGCUUUUAUCCCCCCUUGCUUCUGGGUCCUGCAAAUAUUUCACCCUCUUUUUCUAGUUAAUUUCCUCACAAGUUUCACUUUUGCAGCUGAGAGUUGCUAUAAAGACAUCUCCUUUGGGCCUAUUUUUCUCUCAAAACCUCCAAAAUUUCUCCGGGUUUUUCUUGGGAAGAACCAAUUCAGAUUCUUCUCGGAUUCUCUUCGAUUCCCAAAGGUGGGUCUUUUUGGGAUUCUUUAGUUUAUGCUAUUGCGAAAAAGGAGAUUCCCAGUAAAAGAUUCUGAAUUCAAUGCCCUUUUAAGCCAUUGCAAGACUUCAAUCUCAGUGUCUUCGCUCUCUCUCUCUCUAGUCCUAAAAGAAGCUUUGCUUUGAUAUCUCAGAAAAAUGAGUGUGUAAAAGCCUUGUUGCAUAUUGUGAGCAUGCAAACUCUGUACCCACCUUCAUAUAUGGCUGAUACUAAUUGGUUUGUCCAAGAGAGCCAGAGCUCAGAUUGGACUAGAGAAGAGAACAAGCAAUUUGAGAGUGCUCUGGCUAUCUACGAUGAGAAAACGCCGGACCGGUGGGGAAAGAUUGCGAUGAUGAUUCCGGGGAAGACGGCUGUCGAUGUGUUCAAGCAGUACAAGGAGCUGGAAGAUGAUGUUAGUGACAUAGAAGCAGGGCUGGUCGAAAUUCCAGGCUACCAACAGCCGUCUUCUUUCACAUUGGAGUUGGUGGAUGACCGAAAUUUCGAUGCUAACCGAAAGAGGUCUGCAGCAACUAGAGGUUCUGAUCAGGAGAGGAAGAAGGGGAUUCCUUGGACAGAAGAUGAGCAUCUGCGGUUUCUGAAGGGACUUCUAAAAUAUGGGAAAGGGGAUUGGAGAAAUAUCUCCAGGAACUUUGUUAUUUCUAAAACUCCAACUCAAGUUGCUAGCCAUGCUCAGAAAUACUUUAUGAGGCAACACUCAGGAGGAAAAGAUAAAAGGAGACCUAGCAUCCAUGAUAUAACAACUGUCAACCUCACGAGCACUACCACUACUAGUCCAUCACAGAAUAAUAAUAGGCCUCCUUUAGACCAGUCUCCACCACCAGAGCACAAUAGCAAGUCCACUGAAUCACCAAGAGUCGUACUCGACUGGAAUAUGCCUAAUGAUGGAUUACCAGGAGCUAUGAUCUUUGACGCAACACAUGGCGAUCUUUUUGAGUCAUCGUCUCCAUUUGAUGUUGGAUCUCCAGACGAUCUUAAGCGACAUUGGCAAAAAAUUUACGCCAGUGCCACUCAUUAUGCUGCUCAUGCUACAUCCCCGAGUUCGAUGUAUCUAAUGCAGACCUCAAGACAUCAGAUACAUGGAUGCCGCUGAUGGAUUGGAGAUCGAAGUAAAUAAUCUUUUGCAUAAUUUCAGUGUACCCUUUUGUUAUGGUAGUGUGUGAUUAGCAUAAUAAGGAUUUGAGCUGUUGCAUAAUGCUUGAGCAUUGCACAAUGGUAAAAAAUCCAUUAGCCCGCAAAGUGUAAUGUCACAACUGUACAAUUGAAAUGAAUGGUAAAUUUGCUCUUCCCUUUA